AUGGCUGCGGUCACUGGGUUACCGGCGGAGACGCCGGAUGAAGCAAAAGAAAAUAUUACCACUAAAAGAGAGCAUGAUCUAUGCGAUCUCUUCGACAUACUCGGAUCCCUAAGAAGUAUACUCGCCCGUAGCACGAAUAUAUGCGUUGAGGAAAAAGAGUAUGGUGCGAACGGUUACGGCCCUAAGCCAUGGACUCCAUCUAUACAGAGCGACGUCCCCUCCAGAUUUGACGUCACAAUGGUGGGAAGAGAUAAAUCCCCCUAUAUUAUCAGAAAGCCCAUUUACAGUAUGAAGAUUGCAUCUAUUGAUGACAUAUUGAACGAAACUUACGGAGCGCUGCUCCAUCUACUAAACAAACCGAUGAUCUUCCUAAAAGAGCCGCCAACCAUGCGUAUGCUGGGCGAUCAGAAAUGUGAGCCUGAAGCUAUAGGCAUCCCCUACUCCUCACUUUUGCAUACUGGCAUUAAUCCCGACGUUGUUAAUAACGCCAUCCAUAGGUUCCUAAGUCCCACCAGACGUAUCGAUAAUCACAACUAUUCGGACGGUUUUGUCUUCAAUGGAAUCACGUCACGUGACGCGAUGAACGAUUUCUUCGAAAUUUCGCAACACGAAAUGCGUGUUUUGGGAGAGACAGUUGAGCAGGAAGAACUCAGAACAAGAAGGGGAAUACCCGAUUCUGUGCGUAUGCCGAGGCACGGCAAUAAUAUAUUGUAUGAAGUUGUGAUGAACCCAUUUCUACUCACCAAUAUGUUUCAUCACUUUCCUAGAGGAAUGCGCUUCUCCGCCGGGCUUAUAAUGGAAUUACAGAAACCCGAUAUUAUAUUAGGACCAAUAGACAUUGGCACUCUACAAAAGACCGCUUCUCUAUCUAUAACCCGUUCAUCCUCGAUUUCCAGCAUGUUCUCAAUCGACUAUACUCCUGAUAUGUCUGAAGCCAUCAACGCCUUCAUAAUAUCAUGCUUAACCCAUAUAUGCCCAGAACUAUUUUUUUCUUCGAUUUCAUUCAUUUUUUGA